CACAACAUGCGAGGUGUUGUUUCGAUGGCUAACAAUGGACCAAAUACAAAUGGGUCACAGUUUUUUAUCACCUACAGUAAGCAGUCGCACCUCGACCACAAGUAUACCAUAUUUGGAAAAGUGAUAGACGGCUGGGAUGUGCUGGAAGAGCUUGAAAAACAGCCAGUAAGUCAGAAGAACUACAGACCACAGACCGACAUACGCCUGCAGGGAGUCACCAUUCAUGCCAAUCCUCUAGCCGGCUAAAACGCAAAUCCUGCUCAUCGGGAACUGAUAUAACGAAUGAGAAAUGCCAACAAAGGUCGUCGUAAUUAUCUGGCUGUCCUGCGAGACUAUAAGAGGCAGAUAAGAUAUCUGCCGAAUCGACGAGGAAUCGAUAAAACUGCGGUGAUGAAUCCUGGCAACAAAAUGGCGAACAUUACGCCGCAGUGAUGACACGGCCUCGCAUGAGAGU